GGAUUGGGACGUUGCCCGGCAACUGACAGCGCCGGUCUCAGGCGCGUCACAAUGUUUCAAUGUGUGAAUUUUGUUUAACGCAAGAUGAAGAAAAGAAACAAGCAGAGAAAUAUUAACAGGAUAUCACUGCUUUUAAGGUUAAAUGUCGGUGAUUAUUAGGGUUUUAAUUAAAGCGUUAGUUAGCGCGAGUGUUUAUACAACUGCGUAUUUAGUGCAGUUAGCAUGAGCUCUGCUCAGGGACAUGGACAAGGACAGGGACUGGGACAGGGAACCGCAGCGGCGAUCGCGGACACUGCAGAGGUUCCGGUGCGAGGGAGCCUGCGGAAAAUCUUCAGCCACGUACGGGUGGAGAACAUGGUCGCCGGGCUGUGUGGAGGCGUGGUGUCCACCAUGGUGCUGCACCCGCUAGAUCUGGUUAAACUAAGAUUCGCAGUGAGCGAUGGCUUGGAGCUGAGGCCGAAGUACCACAGCGUUUGGCACUGCAUGAAGAGCGUCUGGCAGCAGGAAGGACUCCGCGGCUUGUACCAGGGGGUCACCCCGAACGUCUGCGGCGCCGGAGCUUCAUGGGGUCUUUAUUUCUUGUUUUAUAAUGCCAUCAAGGCGUAUAACAAGGAGGGACGUCAGACAGAGCUGAGUGCCAAGGAGCACCUGGUGUUUGCGGCAGAAGCAGGAGCGAUGACUCUCUGCCUCACGAACCCGAUCUGGGUGACAAAGACACGCAUGGUCCUGCAGUACAGCGCCGAUCCGAGCCAGAAGACGUACAAGGGCAUGGUGGACGCGCUGGCGAAGAUCUACCGUCACGAAGGAGUACCGGGACUCUAUCGGGGAUUUGUUCCUGCAAUUUUCGGGACGCUGCAUGGAGGUCUGCAGAUCAUGGCGUACGAGGAGCUGAAGAGGAGCUACAACAAACACAGACACGAGCAUUCUGAAGCUAAACUGGAUCCGUUGGAGUACAUCACGAUGGCGGCCCUGUCCAAAAUCUUCGCCGUGGUUUCGACAUACCCGUACCAGGUGAUCCGGGCUCGCUUGCAGGAUCAGCAUACGAGCUACAAAGGGGUGCUGGACGUCAUCCAGCGGACGUGGAGGAACGAAGGUCUUUUAGGUUUCUACAAGGGCAUGGUGGCCAGCCUGAUCCGUGUGACGCCGGCCAGCUGCAUCACCUUCGUGGUUUAUGAGACGGUGUCCAGCUUCCUCCUGGACCGACGCAAAUGAAACGAAGUGACCUCGUGCCAAGACAGAGACGGAGAGAGAAAUGCUGGUUUAGCACGGAGAGAGCGGGAGCGCUCGACAGGCCUCGUCGCAGACCAGAGCACGAGGGGAGGACAUGGAACGAGGGUUCUCAAGACCGACGCACAUACCAUGUGAUGUGCUGCUUUAAGUUUACACGUGUAAGAUACGCUGGAAAAACAAACCCGAGGCAACAGUUUCCUACGAUAAAAUAAAUGUAUUUUACAAAACGUAAAAUUCAUUUGCACUUAAAAUAGUUAACAAGUAAAAAACUCUUCCCCACAAAUCUGCCUGAAAUUCAAGUGCGCCGGGACACGGAUCAUUUCAUUUCUAAACUCCUUCAUUCUCAGUGGUUUUGUUUCAAUGUGAAGAAACAGAGCCAACAACGUUGGCAAAAAAGAAAAAAAAAUAUUGCAAGCAGCGGCAAACAAUAAUAACGAGCGCAGGAGUGGGCAGGCAUGGUCAAACAAUCUGCUGGAGUGGGCGGGAUUAAUAGAUUUUCCUGCUGGAGUGGGCGUGAUUGGUGAAAUUUCCUGCUGGAGUGGGCAGGACUGAUUUAGCUUUCCGCAGGAGUGGGCGGAAUUUAUCAAACUUUGUGCCCGAGAGGGUGAGAUUGGUCAAACGAUCUGCUGGAGUGGGUGGGAUUGUUCAAACUUUCUGCAGGAAUGAUUCCUGAUUGGUCGGGAUUCCUUCAGAGCCCGAUGUGUGUGUGUGUUUCUUUUUUUGUUUUGUUAUUUUCCCCCCAUUUCUUUCUCUUUGCCAAAGGCACUACCUCAGACCACAGAUAGAUAUGGUGUAAGAUCCAGGAAGUCGUACCGUAACAUAGGAACCAAUCAGGCAGCCAGUUUCUUAGUAUAGGUUGUGUAACUCCGCCCCCUCGACCACGCCCUACAGAGAUGGAUGCUUAGGAAAAUGGUUGGUUGGGAAAAACCUUGUAGCGUGUGUGUGUGUGUGUUUGUGUGUAUUUGAGUCCACAGAACCUCCCUGGGAUGAUUUAUGGAAAGAACCAAAAAUUUUAUAUCUGUGACACACUUGUAAAAACGUAAAUAUAUUUCACUUGAAUUGAUUGUUUUGCUUCCCAAUGUCAUGUUUUUACAAAACUGGAGGUUAAUUCUGCCAUUUGAGGAAUAAAAAUAUUUAAU